GGCCCGCCAUGGCGAGCCCCGCGCGCCCGCAGCCGGAGUCGGCGGCCCCGGGGGCCUGGGGCAGCGGCGCGGCGGGGGAGCGGCUGCUGCUGCUGGAGCUGCGCUGCGCCCGGCCGCCGUCCCCCGGCUGCGAGGAGGAGGAGGAGGAGGGGGAGGAGGCGGCCGCGGGGGAGGACUGUUGCCCCAAGUGCAAGAAGCGGGUGCAGUUCGCGGACUCGCUGGGGCUGAGCCUGGCCAGCGUGAAGCACUUCAGCGACGCCGAAGAGCCGCGGGUGCCGCCCGCCGCGCUGUGCCGCCUGCAGAGCCCGCCCGCCGAGCACCGCGACCCGACGGAGCCCGGCGCUGCCCCGGGGCCGCCCCGCCCGUCGCCCGCCCUGCGCCUGGAGCCCGACUUCCCCGACGACGGCGCACCGAGCGCCGAGCGGCUGCGGCGGCAGCGCGUCUGCCUGGAGCGGCUGGGGCGGCCCGCGUUGCCUUCCGACGUGCGGGGCACGGUGCGGGCGCUGCGCGGUUCCGGGCCCGGCGAGGUGACGGUGCGCUACACCUUCAACGAGUGGCUCUCCUUCAUGGACGUCCCGGCCUCGCCGCUGCCCCCGGCCCCGGCGGACGGCGCCGAGCCGCCGGCCGAGCGCUUCUCCUUCGCCCUGUGCGUGCCGCCCAGCAUGCGGGAGGGCUCGGCCCUGCACUUCGCCAUCCGCUACCGCGGCUCGCAGGGCGAGCAUUGGGACAACAACGACGGCCGCAACUACACGCUGCGCUGCCGCCGCGACCCCGAGGGCUGCCCGGAGGCGGCCGCCGCGCCCGGCGACUGAGCGACAGCCGUGCGGCCGUCGGGGGGAGGUUGGGACGACGGCUGAAGUAGGAUCGGGGCACUGCGGGCCGGCUCCGCGUUGAGAGAGCGAAGAGACCGAGUGGGGCCCCGGUGCCGCUCCCUGCCUUGCCCAGAAGGACGUCCGCGGAAGGGGCUGUGAUGAACAUAGGCUGCCGGAGACACGGCUGGCAGGCCUGGAGCCGGGGCGGAGGAGUGGUUAAAAAUACUGUCUGAUAGCGAGUUAUCAGGAGAGCUUCGAUAACAACAGCCCGCAGUCACGUGCUGUGCAGUGGAAGAUGGUGUCUGUCUGGCAGGCGGUUCGGUAUGCCCGUGUUGGGGAGCGCGGUGACCUGGACGGCCUCCUCGCAGCGCAGUGACAGUGUGAUAGGGAGGGUAUCUCGCUAAUGAACGAAAGCAAAUGCUUCGCUUCAUCUCUCCUUAUGUUACAUUUUGCACCACGCUUGCAAGUGUUUUUAAUUUAUUCAGCUCGUUUUGCGACAUCUUUUCCAGUAUUCAUUUGUUGUUGGGUUUGGACGCUUAACCCACAGCCCUUCACUCUUGCAUUGCAUCGCACUGCACGCAUUGAGGUUGGCCACUGCUGUGUCCCAAGUCCUGACGUUAGGCAAAAAAAGUGCCAAUGCAAACGGCUUUGUCAGAAUAAAAAGCUUUUUUAAAAGCUCGCCGACACAAACCAUCAUUUUUACUGCAUCUUCUGUACAGCAGAACAUGUGUGUUAACCCUGCCCCGUGCCCUGUGGGGGCAGCUUGUGCAGAGCUCGGGUGCAAGGAGGCUCUGCUGGUAUGGGGUUCUGUAGAGGAUGUGAUGGCUCCUCUGCAGCGUGACUCAUAUUAUUUUGAUAUUUUUUUUUCCCCGAUGAAAAAAUAGAUGAAGUGUUGUCUGGAUGCAGAAAAUGCUUUGGCCUUUGUGUGUGUCUUCUUUAGCAAGACCCUGAGUGAUGAGCUUCCUUUUAUAAACAGAGCACACUGCAUUUUCUCAGGUCUUCGUUUCCUUUGAAGAUAUAAAACAUUUUAAAGCCUCUUAUGAGCACCUUAGAAAUAUUUGCAUCCCUGUAAAUACCCCAUACCUGAAAAUGAGUCUUCAGCUAAGCUGCCCUUUCUGCGAGCUGGUGCAGAGCUGUUGUGCACUGUUAGGUUGCAGGCGAGGACGUGGAAUAACGCAGCGUGCAUUAGCCAUUGAUAGCUGUAUCAAUGAAAUAACGUGCUCUUAAGCUGAUACGUGAUGCCAAUGGCAUCAAGAUAGAUUCUUUUAAGUAGUGUAAUGUCUCAGACUUGUGGAGUGCAUUCCUUAUUCUGUGUUUUGUUCAUUAAUUGCUUCAGAGAAGAAGGAAGUUUCACCAGCAAAGGGUGGGCUGCGGGGCUGUCUCCUAAAACAGAACACAGCAGCAGCCAUGCUCCAAGGCAUGAGCUGUGGGGCUGGCACAUACAAGAAUUGUAGCUGCGAUCUGCAGUUAUGUGUAGAGGAUAAGAAACAUUCUCUGCUAUUCUGUAAGCUAUGGACAAGGGAUGUGAAACAUCCAGCCUCCGAAAAGUGUAACAUUUAUGUGUUAUCUGAAAUUCAAAAUGCAGAGAAAAAAAAAAUCCUGCAGGUUAAAGCAGAACAUUGUUACGCCUUGGCAACAGGUGAAAUGCUUUACUAUGAGAUUCUUUUUGUGAAAGAGGAAACUUCUCUCAGACAGAACUCAAACAUAACCACUUUUCAAUACGCAAAACAAUUUUUUCCCCUGUAUUUUCAUACGGCAGGCUAUGGAGAUGCAAGGCUGCACCAUAGGUUACGUAGGUACAUAGGACAUGUACGUACCAAAUGCCGGCAUCCCAGAACCAACACAGCACAGGGCGGGUGCUAGGUCGAGAUUCAUUGCUUGUAACUUCAUUAUCAAGGAAAUAUAUUCAAAUUGAAUUAGUUCUAAUUAUAUAAAAUGAGAAAGUCCAGCAGAGUAAAAUGUGAAGUGAAACGCGCUUCUUGUUUGGUUGCAUUACUGUUAAUGUCAUAUUUUAUAGGGAUUCAGGGCAUAGCUUUUGCAGAACGUGCUCAUAAACACAUUCCCUACCCCAACAUAAGAAAUAAAAAAUAAUACAGAUUUGUUAGCACUCUUGGAUAAACUCCAGCUGUAAAGAUUUCUAGUUCAUGCAGAUUUUUUUUCCUGUGGAUUCAGGGCUUAACGGAGAAAGAGAUGUAUCAGUUUUUUUAUAGGUGUAAAUAAGAUAAACAGUAAAUAGUUGAACCUCUACACUGGGUUACUGUGAAGGACAUCAAAGUUAUAUUUUUCUUAAGGGCUUUUUUUUUUUCCCCCCAGUUUAUAAUGGUGUUUAAAUUCAGAUUUAAAUCAGAAAGGAGUGAAGUUCAAUUUGCUUUGGUGUCCUGAAGCACUACAGACUUGCAUGCAGACUGCUUCUGUUUCAUUUGAAGCCGGGGCUUUCAGUCAGAGCUUGAAAAUACGGCGUCUGCUCCCAUUGACUUCCUGGGAUCUGGAUCCAUCCACCCGUCCCAAGUACUGCACAGAGAUAGGGGAAAUGAUUGAGGUUUAAUUGUCUGUUCUGGGACCUGUGUUACGUGGCACUGUGAUGAAUGUCAGAGCUCAAAACCUGCCAUCUAGGCCUGCCAGUAAUUAAAUCACCUUAAUUGUUUUUUAUGAUUCUUUCUAAGAGAGGGAAAAUUACUUGCCUUGCAUUAGCAUAUUUCCAAAGACUGGUAUAAAUAUUUAUGUGGUGCACUCGUUCAGAAGAAAGCCCGUGCAUUCUUCCCAGGUCUCCAUAGUUCUCUUCCUUUGAAUGUAGAACAGUCGUUUGAAUGCACUGCUUACAUCACUUCCUCACACCCCUUGUAAAGCUUCAGUAGUUAAUGGGCUUAAUGGUAAAAAAAAGUACAGUGGUUUAGAAAGAAGCAUCUCUUCCAACACAUGAACAAUACUCUGUGUAACCUGCGGGAUUCUUUGAAGGUGCAUACCUCUGUGAAACAGGUUUGAGAGCUCUGGUUUUUUUCCUCUUACAAUUUUGGUUAAUAUACAGUGCUGGAGGAAUUACUGGUUUCUCUCUUUUUUUCUGCUUCCAUAUUAAGGGUUCAUGCACACGCUUUACUUUCCAAAAUGCUGAAAUAAGAUAAAGAAUAAAAGCUCUUGGGGAAAAGAAUUACACACCUUCAAUCUUUUUUAUAGACAUCAUCAAGCAAAAUAUUCCUAAGAGUAUGAAAUAGCUCUGGCUGUGUUGAGAACCAGGAGCAAAGCAAUGAGUAUGCUCGUGACUUCAAUAAUGCCAGGAGUUCACUGUAGGUCAUUAUAGAAUCAUAGAAUCCUCAUGAGUUGGAAGAGACCUUUAAAGGCCAUCUAGUCCAACUCCCCUGCAAUGAAUGGGGGCAUCCACAGCUAGAUCAGGUUGCUCAGAGCCCCGUCCAGCCUGGAAAACAGACAAUGUACAGCUCCUUUAUGACUCCUCAUAUACAUAUCCUUACUGAAUCCAUCUAGAGAGACGCAUUCAUGUAGCCUUAUAGAAAGUAAGUUGAGGGAAUGGUGUUUCUCCAUAAAAUUAUUCUUUCUUCUACCUGCUGAUGUUAGAAGGUAUAACUAAUGCUUCUAAUGCUUGGAAACUUGGUGAAGCUUCACACAGAACUAUCUUUCUACAGAUGUGAGCUGUAGGUUAAAAUCCUUCUUGGCCUCUUUCAGUAUUGGAUAUAAAGUGUUCACAUGCUACUCCAGGUUGCUUUACUUAAGACAGCUUUUUCUCUGAUGUGUGUAGGCAUUGUGAAACUGGCCUUUCAAUUGCAGUAAAAUCCAGUGAGCAGUGGUAGCACAGCAGAAAGGCCUUUCCUUUUGGCAGUUACUAAUGCUGAAGGAAUUUUUUUUUUUUUUUUUUUUCUUUCAGAGAGCUGUUUCCAGGUUUAUACAGUGAAAUACAUCACAAACCAGCAUAUGUGUAAACAGUCAAAUUUUGGUGAUACUGCUGAAAUAAAUUGUUUGUUAAAAUGAUCAGGGACAAACUUAACAUUUUUAAUACAAUACAAGCAAGCUUGAUUUGAUAAAACAUUGCAGCUUUAGUAGAUACUUAGCGGGCUGCCUUCUUUUAUAAAGGAUAUACCUUCUAUAAUGGCGGACACUGUACAUCAAUCAUGGUAUCAUUCCUUUGCAUUUUAUCACUUCCCAUCAUUUACACUGCUUUGACAAAAUCCAGCAGAACUACUGACAGGUGCCAAGAAAGAUUUAAUGAGUGCUGCACUGUCAACUCUGCUGGUGGAGCAUAGAAGGUGCAGCAGGAAGAAGAUAGGAACUACUAGGAUGGACCAAAGCACCAGCUCCAGAAUGCAGUCUCUAUCAGUAACAAUAAGUGCAAGCUUCACAAGAGUAAGAAUAGGGAAUUUGUCCCAGCCUACACCUAUUUCUGAUCUGUACUUCUUAAGCCAGGUGUGGCUUCUAAGUAUUUUCCUUCCAUAGUUUGUAGGAUUUCAACAAUAAAGAAUUUGAUAAGGUAUGCUUUUAAACAGAACUAAGUAUGCUACGAUAAAAACUUAAAAUAGACUUUAGGCAAGGUCAAAAUCAUAUUUCUAGGCAUCUUCCAAUCCUGUACAGCUAAUAGGCACAUCACUGAUACUAAUGGAGAGUGCACUAUGUGUGCGUCGAUGAGCAAAGUCAUAGAGAUUUGGCCAAAAGAGGUAACAGACAUCUAAAAUGUACUAAUUGUGUGGGAUUUGAGGAGUAAACACUAAGACCUUUGCUACCUUUGCACUCCUGUUGACAAGUUAGAUAGUACAACACAGGCUUUUGGUCCUGAGCACCAGAAGUUUCUUAAGUUAAUUCUAACAAAUGAUGUAUAUAUACUAUAUGGUAAGCUCAUGGUCAGUUUGGAGUUAGGAACUAAUUUUUCCUUGACUGAGAAAGGGAGCUGUCUUAAACUCUGCACUAAAGUUGGGGGAGACAGGGAAAUUAUAGGGCCUGAAUUUCAUGUAUGUCUUUCUUGAUGGGUGUCUGUAGAGUGUAUCCUGAAGAUAACUAGUGCACCUUUGCAGGUAAUAAUGCCUAAGAGAGAACCUGGUUGGCAAUGCUGAAACAAAAAAGAAGGAGCAGAUGGCACAAAUUAGGAGUGCAGCAGCUAUUUAUCCACCACCAAAACUUAACAAAAGAAUUUUCAGGCAUUAAUAUAGAAGUGAUUUUCAUAAUCUUAAGGCAAUUUUGUAUUCAUGAUUGCACCUUCAUGACAAGAUGUAACGUCUAUAGUUGUACUCUUGGUGGAAAUUGAAUCCUAAACCUCACAGGAGAGGUACUAAUAUUUUGAAAGAAAUUAUUAUGUAUAAUUAUUAUGUAUUUAAAAGACUUCUAUUUGAAGAUCUUUUUUUUUUCUUAAAUAUGUUGAAAUACAGUGAAAACUGAGAUUUAAAUAGUAAAAAUGCUACAGUUGCAA